UCAGUGUGUCCCCUGGAAGGCUGGCAGCUCAGCAAGCACAGAAGUCUCUCCAGAAGACAGUGGGUCACCUGCCUCCCAAAAGCUGAAAGGCUAACUUGUACUUUCCCCAGCUACCAGCUGGCAUCCUGAGCCCUCGGCUGCAGCGGAGCAAAGGAGGCUUCCUCCUUCCUACCCUCCUGGCACUCUCCCUGCCUGCCUUCUGUCAUUCUCAAGUGGACCCAGACCCAAGGUCCAGAUUUGCAAGGCAGGAAAAUGCUGCAGGCCUAGGCUGGGAAAGGGACCAAAGCUUGGGCCCCUAGUGGAUUGCUGGGACUCAGCCUCCUCCCUCCCACUAAGAGAGCAAGUCCUACUGGGUUCAAAAUGACCCCAAGCCCUGGUUCCUGACACUAGGGGAAAGAGAUGGGGGUGACAGAAUCACAGAAUCCCUACUAUACUCCUCCAAGUGUGCCCAAAGAUGCGUGUGUGUGUGUGUACACAAAUGUCUGCUUAUCCUUAGGCAGGAGGGGUGCAUGCAGUCGUUUACACAUGGUCUGUUUUUCUGGAGGACAAUUUUAUUUGAUAAACAAUUGUUUCUAUCCGAAUAGAAUAAACAAGGCUCUAUGACGAAGUAAAACACUAAAUACCCAUGCAUUUAAAAAUGUGUAAUUAUCUUUGGAAUGGGCUAUACAGGGAUGUGUUUUUUAAAAUGUAAAGAGUGUAAAAGGACAUACAGUGAAAAAUAAAUCUUCCUCUUAUUUUGUCCUCCAGUUUUCCAAUUCCUCUACUCAGAGGUGAGAACAGAACUUCCACACCCUCCAGAACCUCCACAGUUAACUGUCUACAUGUUUCCAUUGUCUUUACUUUUAUUCUUGCCCGCACAAAUAAAUGAACUGUUCGUUAUGAAAACUUCCCAAAAGACCCGUUAACACUUCAAUAGGAAGCACCAACAGUUUAUGCCAUAGGACUUUGUUCCCACAAUCCUGUAACAUCAUAUCACAACACCUAAUCCAAUCCUUAUCAAGCCCUGUCAAAAACGGACUUUAAACCAAACUGCACAUUUUCAGUAAUCUGGCCUUGGCUUUCCUCCUCUCUGAUAGCAUCAUCAAACUCCCUUACUGCCGAAAGCAGUAAGCCCGGCUUUGUUCCAUCCACUGGUUGUGUUGGUGAUAUCUGGGGACGGCCACUGAACAGAGAGGCACAGAGGGAGCCCCUGCAGGCAGGGGUUUUUGUCUCUGUGUUUCUGGGAGAGUGUGUCUCCUACAUUUGUCGCGUUGAUAAAGACUUCACAGCUCCAUCAGCUGCGGGCAAGGGGGUCUGAGGCCCUCUUAGGCAAGUUGGGGCCCAGCGGGGAGAGGUUGGCGAAGAACCGAUUAGGGGACCCCAGGAGGCUUCAGGGCUGGGCAAGGUAGAGAGUCUCCCGUGCGCCUUCUCUCCUCUCUGCAAUUCGGGGACUCCGUGCACUGGGGCAGGCCCCGGGCCAGGUUCAUGGGAGGAAGCCCGGAGAAUUUACAAGCCUCUCGAUUCCUCAGUCCAGACGGUGUUGGGUCCCCUCCGCUGGAGAUCGCGCUGCCCCCAAAUCUUUGUGAGCGUUGCGGAAGCACGCGGGGUCCGGGUCGCUGAGCGCUGCAGGGUAGGGGAGGGAGCCGGGCGGGAGAGGGCGGGGCGGCGCCGGGGCGGGCCCUGAUAUAGAGCAGGCGCCGCGGGUCGCAGGACAGCGCGGAGACCGCAGCCCCGGAGCCCGGCUCAGGGUCCACCUAUCCCCGCAGCGCCGGCUCGCGCCUUCCUGCCGCAGCCACCGAACAGCCGUCUAGCGCCCCGACCUCGCCACCAUGAGAGCCCUGCUGGCACACCUGCUUCUCUGCGUCCUGGUCGUGAGCGACUCCAAAGGCAGCCGUGAACUUCAUCAAGUUCCAUCAGACUGUGGCUGUCUAAAUGGAGGAACAUGUAUGUCCAACAAGUACUUCUCCAGCAUUCACUGGUGCAACUGCCCAAAGAAAUUCGGAGGGCAGCACUGUGAGAUAGAUAAGUCAAAAACCUGCUAUGAGGGGAAUGGUCACUUUUACCGAGGAAAGGCCAGCACUGACACCAUGGGCCGGUCCUGCCUGGCCUGGAACUCUGCCACCGUCCUUCAGCAAACAUACCAUGCCCACAGAUCUGAUGCUCUUCAGCUGGGCCUGGGGAAGCACAAUUACUGCAGGAACCCAGACAACCGGAGGCAACCCUGGUGCUAUGUGCAGGUCGGCCUAAAGCAGCUUGUCCAAGAGUGCAUGGUGCAUAACUGCGCAGAUGGAAAAAAGCCCUCCUCUCCUCCAGAAGAAUUACAGUUUCAGUGUGGCCAAAAGACUCUGAGGCCUCGCUUUAAGAUUAUUGGGGGAGAAACCACCACCAUCGAGAACCAGCCCUGGUUUGCGGCCAUCUACAGGAGGCACCGGGGGGGCUCUGUCACCUACGUGUGCGGAGGCAGCCUCAUCAGCCCUUGCUGGGUAGUCAGCGCCACACACUGCUUCAUUAAUUACCCAAAGAAGGAGGACUACAUCGUCUACCUGGGUCGCUCAAAGCUUAACUCCAACACGCGAGGGGAGAUGAAGUUUGAGGUGGAAAACCUCAUCCUACAUGAGAACUACAGCGCUGACACGCUUGCUCACCACAAUGACAUUGCCUUGCUGAAGAUCCGUUCUAAGGAGGGCAGGUGUGCGCAGCCAUCCCAGACUAUACAGACCAUCUGCCUGCCCUCGAUGUAUGAUCCCCCUUCUGGCACAAGCUGUGAGAUCACUGGCUUUGGAAAAGAGAAUGCUGCCGACUAUCUCUAUUCGGAGCAGCUGAAAAUGACUGUUGUGAAGCUGGUUUCCCACCAGAAGUGUCAGGAGCCCCACUACUACGGCUCUGAAGUCACCACCAAAAUGCUGUGUGCUGCUGACCCACAGUGGGAAACAGAUUCCUGCCAGGGAGACUCAGGGGGACCCCUUGUCUGUUCCAUCCAAGGCCACAUGACUUUGACUGGAAUUGUGAGCUGGGGCCGUGGAUGUGCCCUGAAGGACAAGCCAGGCGUCUACACGAGAGUCUCACACUUCUUGCCCUGGAUUCACAAUCACACCAGGGAAGAGAAUGGCCUAGCCCUCUGAGGGUCCCUAGGGAGGAAACGGGCACCACCCGCUUUCUUGCUGGCUGUCAUUUUUGCGGUAGAGUCAUCUCCAUCAGCUGUAAGAAGAGACUGGGAAGACAGGCUCUGCACAGAUGGAUUUGCCUGUGCCACCCACCAGGGCGAACAACAAUAGCUUUACCCUCAGGCAUAGGCCUGGGUGCUGGCCGCCCAGACCCCUCUGGCCAGGAUGGAGGGGUGGUCCUGACUCAAGAUGUUACUGACCAGCAACUUGUCUUUUUCUGGACUGAAGCCUGCAGGAGUUAAAAAAGGCAGGGCAUCUCCUGUGCAUGGGUGAAGGGAGAGCCAGCUCCCCUGAUGGUGGGCAUUCAUAAGGCCCAUGAUUGAGAAACGAAUAAUUUCCCAAUUAGGAAGUGUAACAGCUGAGGUCUUGAGGGUGCUUAGCCAAUAUGGGAGCAGCAGUUUGGGGAGUAGAGACACUAAUGAUUUCAGGGCAGGGCUCUGACAUUCCAUGAAUGUAUCAGGAAAUACAUAUGUGUGUGUAUGUUUGCACACUUGUGUGUGGGCUGUGAGUGUAAGUGUGAGUAAGAGCUGGUAUCUGAUUGCAAGUCUAGAUAUUUCCUUAAUUGUGUGGACUGUGAUGCCACACAGAGUGGUCUGUCUGGAGAGGUUACAGGUCACUCCUGGGGCCUCUUGGGUCCCCCACAUGAUAGUGCCUGGGAAUGUAUUAUUCUGCAGUAUGACUUGUGACCAGCACUAUCUCAGUUUCACUUUCACAUAGAUGUUCCUUUCUUGGCCAGUUAUCCCUUCCUUUUAGCCUAGUUCAUCCAAUCCUCACUGGGUGGGGUGAGGACCACUCCUGUACACUGAAUAUUUAUAUUUCACUAUUUUUAUUUAUAUUUUUAUAAUUUUAAAUAAAAGUGAUCAAUAAAAUGUGAUUUUUCUGAUGA